UUUUUAUUUGGUUUCUCUCUCCUCCUCUUCUUCGUAUUCCGCGUGGGGAUGGAUGGAUAGAUGAUGAUAAAAAUGACUUUGUUUUGAUGUGCAAUGUGUCUGCAGAUUCUCUGAAAGGCGAACACCUAUUUGUAUUCUUCAUCGCGACUUGUCAACAUUCUCCAGCAUUCAAUACAACAAUCAUCAUCAUCAGAUGGUGAAAUGCCCUAUUCUCGAUUUUAUGAUCUCGUCUGCUUAAAUAUUAUUAUCUCCCCCCACCCUCUUGAACACUGGUUAUUAUGGGUAUAGACUUUUUGUUUAGUGAAAUCGAUCGUUUAUGGUCAGAGAGUUCGCCGACGACAUCGUUUUCAUCGACAAACAAUCAUUUGGGGGUUUUCCACACCUUACCCAUAUUAGAGUUAUCAUCGAUUUGCAUUAAUUUAACCUUGUUCCUCGUAUUCAUCUUCAUUGUAUCUGCCAGACAGAUAUCUCUAUGCGUUGGUCGUGUUCGAGCCUUCAAGGAAGAUUCACAUGCAAAUUCCGCACCAACUCGCCGCAGCCGUAUCGACGCCGAAAUUCGAUCGGUGGAGAUUGGUGCUUCCUUUAAGGUCUCUCUCUUCUGUUGCUUAUAUCUCCUUCUUCUGCAAAUCCUAGUUUUAGGGUUUGAUGGCGUUUAUUUUAUUAAAACUGCAACGAAUUGGACCGUCCUUCUAUUGCCUGCUGCUCAGGCUUUAUCUUGGCUUGUUCUUAGCUUCUCUACCCUUCAUUGCAAAUUUAGAGCUUUACAGAAAUACCCAUUGCUGUUGAGGGUAUGGUGGAUAGUCUCUUUCGUUAUCUGUUUAUGUACUUUGUAUGCUGAUGUUAAUGGAUUUCUUGAUCAAGGUUCAAAAUCUCUUUUGAAUGCUCAUGUAUUGUCCAAUUUGGCAUCCACCCCUGCCCUAGCCUUCCUCUGUUACAUUGCAUUUACUGGUUUAACAGGCAUCCAGUUAUGCCAGAGCUCUGAUCUUCAAGAGCCAUUGUUGCUCGAAGAAGAUGCAGGGUGCUUAAAUGUUACUCCUUACAGUGAAGCUGGAAUCUUCAGCUUAGCCACACUUUCGUGGUUGAAUCCAAUCCUCUCGCUCGGUGCAAAGAGGCCGCUAGAGCUUCGAGAUAUCCCUCUCCUAGCGCCGAAAGAUCGAUCCAAGACUAAUUACAAAGUUCUCAACUCGAACUGGGAGAAGUUAAAGGCAGAAAACCCUAGUUCCCAACCUUCACUGGCCAAGGCUAUUUUCAAGUCUUUCUGGAAGGAAGCUUCCUGUAAUGCUAUAUUUGCAGGGCUGAACACCCUGGUUUCUUAUGUCGGUCCUUAUAUGAUCAGCUACUUCGUCGAUUACUUAGCUGGAGCCGAUAGCACUCCUCGCCAAGGCUACUUUCUGGCUGGAAUAUUCUUCUCUGCUAAGUUAGUUGAGACUUUGACGACCCGUCAAUGGUAUCUCGGAGUCGACAUACUGGGAAUGCACGUUCGGUCGGGUCUGACAGCAAUGGUGUAUCGGAAAGGUCUCAAGCUGUCUAGCUCUGCUAAACAGAGUCAUACUAGUGGCGAGAUUGUGAAUUACAUGGCGGUUGAUGUUCAGAGAGUUGGCGAUUACUCAUGGUAUCUUCAUGACUUAUGGAUGCUUCCUUUACAAAUCAUUCUAGCGCUCGCUAUCCUUUACAAGAGCGUUGGGAUUGCAUUCAUCGCCACGUUAAUAGCCACCAUCAUUUCCAUCGUGGCCACGGUUCCUUUGGCGAGGGUUCAGGAGGAGUAUCAAGACAAGUUGAUGGGAGCGAAGGAUGAUAGGAUGAGGAAAACGUCGGAAUGUCUUAGAAAUAUGAGGAUUCUCAAGCUGCAAGCUUGGGAGGAUCGGUAUCGUUUGAAGCUAGAGGAGAUGAGGAACGUGGAGUAUAAGUGGUUGAGGAGGGCUCUUUAUUCUCAGGCGUUUAUUACUUUCAUAUUUUGGAGUUCGCCUAUAUUUGUCGCGGCUGUUACGUUUGCUACUUGCAUAUUGCUCGGGGGUCAGCUGACUGCGGGUGGAGUGCUCUCGGCUUUGGCUACGUUUAGGAUUUUACAGGAACCGCUUAGGAAUUUCCCUGACUUGGUUUCCAUGAUGGCUCAGACGAAAGUCUCGCUCGAUCGAAUUUCAGGGUUCUUGCUCGAGGAAGAGUUACAAGACGAUGCAACCAUAGUUCUACCGCGUGGGUUGUCGAGCACCACGGUUGAAAUCAAGGGCGGGGAUUUCAGUUGGGAUCCUUGUUCAUCUAGGCUUACGUUAUCGGGCAUUCAACUGAAGGUGGAGAAAGGAAUGCGUGUGGCUGUUUGUGGCAUGGUUGGCUCAGGAAAAUCGAGCUUUCUUUCUUGCAUUCUUGGGGAGAUUCCUAAGUUAUCGGGCGAAGUUAGAUUAUGUGGUUCAUCUGCUUAUGUUUCUCAAUCGGCUUGGAUACAAUCUGGUAACAUAGAGGAAAACAUUCUAUUUGGAAAUCCAAUGGAUAAGGCAAAGUAUAAGCAUGUUAUUCAUGCUUGUUCACUGAAAAGGGAUUUGGAGCUUUUCUCCCAUGGUGACCAGACGAUUAUAGGUGACAGAGGCAUAAAUCUCAGCGGGGGACAGAAACAACGUGUGCAGCUUGCUAGAGCACUUUAUCAGGAUGCAGACAUUUAUUUACUCGACGACCCAUUUAGUGCUCUCGAUGCUCACACUGGAUCGGAGUUGUUCAAGGAAUAUAUAGUGACUGCACUUGCGACAAAGACUGUGAUCUUUGUUACACACCAAGUUGAAUUUCUUCCCGCUGUUGAUUUGAUACUGGUUCUUAAGGAAGGACAAAUUAUUCAAGCAGGGAAAUAUGAUGAACUCUUGCAGGCUGGAACUGAUUUCAGAGCUUUGGUAUCUGCUCAUAAUGAGGCAAUUGAAUCUAUGGAUAUCCCGCUACGCUCUGGAGGAAUGUCAGACGAAAACGACCCUUGUAGCGCGUCCAUUCCAUUGAGUACAGCGGGUGAAUCAGUGGAAAGCAAUCUGGACAGUUUAGUAAGGGAAGUGGAGGAGGGUACAUCUGCUCCAGACCAGAAAGCAAUUAAAGAGAAAAAGAAAGGAAAACGGUCUAGGAAGAAGCAGCUUGUUCAAGAAGAGGAGAGAGAGAGGGGGAGAGUGAGCAUGAAAAUCUACUUGUCAUAUAUGGCUGCAGCUUACAGAGGUUUAUUAAUUCCCUUGAUAAUCAUUGCCCAGACAUUAUUUCAAGUGCUUCAGAUAGCUAGUAAUUGGUGGAUGGCUUGGGCAAAUCCACAAACACCUGGGGCCGAACCAAGAACGAGCAAUAUGGUUCUUCUCGUAGUUUACAUGGCAUUUGCUUUUGGAAGUGCUUGCUUUAUAUUCAUUAGGGCUGUUUUGGUAGCAACGUUUGGUCUUGCAGCUGCACAGAAGUUGUUCUUCAAAAUGCUUACAACAGUUUUCCGAGCACCCAUGUCCUUCUUUGACUCCACUCCUGCUGGAAGGAUCUUGAACCGGGUUUCUGUGGAUCAAAGUGUUGUUGAUCUGGAUAUUCCUUUUCGACUUGGUGGGUUUGCGUCAACUACGAUCCAACUUCUUGGUAUUGUAGGUGUAAUGACUGAUGUUACAUGGCAAGUCUUGCUUCUUGUUGUCCCAAUGGCCAUUGCUUGCUUGUGGAUGCAGAAAUACUAUAUGGCUUCAUCAAGGGAACUUGUUCGGAUUGUUAGCAUACAAAAAUCUCCAAUUAUCAAUCUGUUUGGAGAGUCAAUAGCUGGAGCAGCCACAAUUAGAGGAUUUGGACAAGAAAAGCGGUUUAUGAAACGAAAUCUCUACCUUCUUGAUUGUUUUGCUCGACCGUUCUUUUGCAGCCUUGCAGCUAUUGAGUGGCUAUGUCUACGCAUGGAGUUACUCUCCACUUUCGUCUUUGCCUUUUGCAUGAUACUUCUUGUCAGCUUCCCUCAUGGAAGUAUAGAACCCAGCAUGGCUGGGUUGGCAGUAACGUAUGGUCUGAAUUUGAAUGCACGUUUAUCCCGUUGGAUACUUAGUUUCUGCAAGCUAGAAAACAAGAUUAUUUCCAUAGAAAGGAUUCAUCAAUACUGCCAGAUUCCAAGCGAAGCUCCUGCUAUUAUUGAGGAUUCUAGUCCACCUUCAUCUUGGCCGGAAAAUGGAACUAUCGAGCUUAUUGAUGUAAAGGCUCGGUAUAAGGAGAAUCUUCCUAUGGUACUUCAUGGGAUAAGCUGUGUAUUUCCUGGUGGGAAGAAGAUUGGAAUUGUUGGUCGUACUGGGAGUGGCAAAUCUACUUUGAUCCAGGCCCUUUUUAGAUUGAUUGAACCGGUCAGUGGCAAGAUUAUUAUAGACAAUAUUGAUAUUUCAACUAUUGGACUUCAUGAUCUUAGAAGCCGUUUGGGUAUCAUCCCUCAAGAACCAACCUUGUUUGAAGGUACCAUCAGGAAUAAUCUCGACCCACUUGACGAACACUCUGAUCAGGACAUCUGGAAGGCAUUGGACAAGUCUCAGCUUGGCGAUAUAGUUCGCGAGAAAGAGCUUGGGCUGGAAACACCAGUUACUGAAAAUGGAGAUAAUUGGAGCGUGGGACAACGACAACUUGUUUCAUUGGGGAGGGCUUUACUUAAGCAAGCGAGAGUGCUGGUUUUGGACGAGGCGACGGCUUCAGUUGAUUCAGCCACAGACAAUCUGAUUCAGAAGAUUAUCCGAACAGAGUUUAAGGAUUGUACUGUCUGCACCAUAGCUCAUAGGAUCCCAACUGUUAUAGACAGUGAUAUUGUUCUGGUUCUCAGUGAUGGUGAAGUGGCAGAGUUUGAUGCACCACUAAGGCUAUUAGAGGACAAGAACUCAAUGUUCUUCAAGUUGGUAAUGGAGUACUCUUCUAGAUCAAGUGGCAUACCAGACUUCUUCUGAUCAGAAAGAAGAACAACAUGUAAAUCAAAACACUAGAGGAAGGAGCGGAGAUGCUGGUUGGUUCAUCAGCUGGCUGGCUGGCUAGCUAGCUAUAAAUGGUGUUAUUGUAAAUGCUCGAGGACAAUCAAUCGGAAUCAGAAUCUUUCAAUUCAAACGCAAGUGCGGCCCAAUUCACUGAACCUACCCUCUCAAGGGUGGGGACUUUCAGUUGAGGCGGUCUUUGUAUGGAGAGAAGAAGAGGAAAAAAAAUUGAGAUGAGAGCGGAAUAUGAUGAUAUGAUUUAUCGCGCUGCUCUUUCCGAGGGAGAGAAAUGCAAAUAAGACUUUUUGAGGUUUUUAGUCUAUUUUUAUUUUGUUUCAUCAUAGGAUUUGCUAGCUCUCUCUAAAUUUAGAUUUUCCAGACUCUCUUCUUUCCUUUUGCAAUUCUGAUUUUGUAGAACUUCUUAUUUAUCAGCUCAAAACAUCUUUUUCUCAGUCUCUUAAUGUCAAUAUUAUUAAGAUUUUGUAUCA